AUGGCAGCUAUGCAUUACAACGCGCAGAUGGUUUCAGAAGACUUGCAUCAGCAUCCACGACAUCUCUAUAACCUUCAACAAAGACUACAAGAUCCUGGAUCUUCGCCCAGAUCGGAGGACGCCCGAUCACCGCUGGACAGUCGAGUGAGAUCGCUCGAAGAAGUACGUUACGUGGGUGCCAGAUCACCAGACGUGGAAGAUAGAGUAAUCAGAUAUCAUGAAGAUGCCGGAAGUAAACGUUUCCCUAAAGACCAUACGGGUCCUGUUUUUUUCCAGGACUCGGAGAAUUCUUCCAGAAAAUGUUUUAGCGAUGAAAUAGCGACAAGUCGUUGUCGCGAGUCAGAAAGUUCUCCUGGAAGGACGUCCUCGCCGCAAAAUUACAUCCUCAGCUCAUCUAAUCAACACAAUAGCUCUAUUGGUAAAACGUCCUUCUGCAUCGAUGCACUUCUAGGUCGCGCCACGAAGCAGAAUGAGAUAGAACAGUCGACCGAUCGAAAUCAACAAAAAUCGUUCUCCAGAAAUCACGGUAUCCAAUCUGAUAGUCUGAAUCUUGGUAACAUUCAGGAACGGGAAUCUCCCAACGCAAUAAGAUGCUCUGGAGAAAGAACCGCCUUGAGAAACUCUUUAAAUCCUUUCAUUCAGCAUCAUGAAUCUGAUUCGCCCAGUUUGGAAACUCGAGAAAGACACUCCUCCAAUCGUGAGACUGUUCUUGGUCUCCAUUCCAGCGAUUCCGGCAUGUCUGUCCAAAGGAGUCAGUUCAGGCCUGAAACGGGGACCAGCAAUUAUCGGAACGACCGGCUCGAAAACGUCGAGGAUGAUACGUCGGUUGACGUGGACCCUACGCGAACCGGAAGCGCCAGUCCCGGAAGCAACGCAAGUCGCAGUCCGGCUUCUAGUCCUCCAAUAUCCCCCGGUUCAGAGGAUCCGUCCAGUAACGGGGUGCUAAGCCAUCAGAGUCUUGCAUCCGGGCCUUACGGCGUGGGUGCAGCGGUGGUCAGGCAGAAUCAGGGUCUUCUACUACAUCCCGCGGGACCACUCAUUCAUCCUGGAGGAUUGUACUAUCAUCCGGCCGGCGGUAGCGCCUUCCACUCGAUACACAAGGAGGGUCAGCCGGUCGGCCAUCCCCAAUCUGGAGGGCCUCAUCCUCAGCAUCACAUCCAUCCACUCCAGCUCGAGUGGUUUGCUCGGACAGGCAUGUUAUACCCAAGACUUCCCGCGGAUUUGGCCGGUUGCGCGGCACAACAUGCAUUGCUGGGCAAAACCAGAAGGCCUAGGACCGCCUUUACAUCUCAACAGCUCCUCGAAUUAGAGAAGCAAUUCCGACAGAAUAAGUAUCUCAGCAGACCGAAGAGGUUUGAGGUCGCGACGUCGCUGAUGCUCACGGAAACGCAGGUAAAGAUCUGGUUUCAAAAUCGCCGAAUGAAAUGGAAGCGCAGUAAGAAGGCACAGCAGGAGGCUCGUUCGAGCGGAAAGGUCGAGGAAGCUGGAAGCACGAGAAGCGCUGAGAGAGACACUGGAAGUGACGUCAGUGUGAAUGCACCCGGAACACCAGAGGACUCUAGAGGAACACUCCAGGAAAGUCAGAGGACUGGAACGGAUCUCCAAGAACCCUUGUAUCGGCCUUAUGUCGUCUAA